AUGGCCAAGUCAAAGAACCACACGGUGCACAACCUGUCACGCAAGGCGCACAAGAACGGCAUCAAGAAGGCCAAGCGCCACCGCCAGACUUCCACCAAGGGGAUGGACCCCAAGUUUCUGAAGAACCUGAGGUACUCGAGGAAGCACAACAAGAGGGGCGAGGCUGAAGCCGAGGAGUAA